GGCUGCUGCUCAGCAAGAAAGUCAACACAAAGGAGUUCGCCCGCUUCCUUUCAAAGACGUCGACCAUAGGGUCUAUUUCUUUGAUAACAUUGGUGAAUUACAGAAGGCUGGGGUACUGCAGGAUGUCGUCCUUGAGGUCGAGGGCCGCCAGUUUCCCUGCCAUCGGCUUGUUCUGUCCAUUCGCUGCCCCUACUUCAGGGCCAUGUUUACAAGUGACGUGGCGGAAAGUCGUCAGAAGACGGUUGUUUUACAGGAUAUGGAUGCAGAUGUGUUUGAGGAGAUCCUGAGUUACUUCUACUCUGGAACCAUCUAUGUGUCCCUGGACAAAGUGCAGCCCCUGUACCAGGCAGCUGACCUCUUCCAACUGGACUAUGUGAAGACCGCCUGCAAAAAGUACAUGGCCAUGAAUGUAGAUAGCUCCACCUGUGUGGACCUAUACCGAUUUGCUGAUUUUUUCUCUAUGGACAAUAAUGCUGCUUUUUUCUCUAUGGUCGCUGUUCGAAGCCGUAGUCUGAUUUUUAUCUGCAAGUUCUUUGCUGAGGUUUCUCACACUGAGGAGUUCUACAGCCUCAGUGUGAAUCAGCUGACUGAGAUCAUUAGCUACGAUAAGCUGGGUGUUAAAGAGGAGACAAUAGUGUGGGAGGCUGUGGUGAGAUGGGUGCAGCACAGCAGAGAGGACAGACUGCACCACCUACCCAGCAUCCUCCCUCACAUCCGCUUCAACCUGCUGACCUCAGACGACACGGCAGCCAUCUUGGAACACCCCUUGGUCAAGGAGAUUCCUGGGAGUUCUGAGGUCAGCAAUCUUGCAGUCAUACCCAAGACGUCCAAUCCAAAGAGGAGAAUUGGGAUGGAUGCUCAGGAAAUGCUCCUGCUUUUCAGGACAAUUGGAACAGACACAACUCAAAUGCUCUGUUACAACCCUACGUCAAAACUGUACACCACAUACAGUUACGGAAGGCAUUACUUUGAUAUGAGGAGGGAAGUGUACACCCAAUUUAAGGUCUUGACAGCAACAGUUACCAGUAAUAAUGACAUUUACGCCUUGGUCGAAGAGUCACAUGACAAGCUAGCCUUGUUUCAGUACAUCCAUCUGGCAGACAAGUUUGAAAAGAAGUCGUCAUUUCAUAGAGAGAAACCAGAACACUCCCCCCGUCAGCACAUCAGAGCAGGUCGAAGCAAACCAUCAGAUAAAGCUAUUGAAUAUCUUGUUGAAGUUGAUGGCCAUCUCUAUUACAUCGCUGUACAUGUCACAUCGCAAUCGAAGGAAAGAAGAAUUUCUAUGGUGAUGAAAAAGUACCGAUACUCCACGGACCAAUGGCAGGACUGUUCGAAGCCUAGCGCUGACAAGCAGCCUUGUAGUGUGGUUGUGUCCUCUGGUAAGCACCUCUUCCUCAUCACUAACACAGAAAUGCAUCGCUACGACCCAAGUCAGGACAGUUGGUCUAAGGUAACCCCGCCAAGCCCCAAUCUUGAGCCCUGUACAGCCGUUGCCAUGGGAACAGAGAUCUUCUGCACAGACGCAGGCUUAAGAAAGAUUUCGGUGUACAACAUCGAGGAAGAUAGCUGGAGUGAGCUUCCAGGGUGUUCAGGCCUGUACCUUAAGCCCACUCUCUUUGUGUUUGAAGGCCAACUGCAUGUAUGCAUGCAUAAUGAGCAGAUCUAUCUGUAUGACAGGUCUGAAGGAGCUUGGAAAUACUUGCUCACCCUGCCAGAUGGGCCUUGGGGUAUACGCGGUUCUAUGCUACCUGUGGCAUAUAUGUAUGUAUACAACCCUACGAGCUGAUAGGGUUGAUACUAUUAGUAUUACUUGUAUCAGAAAACUUUUUAGCUUUAGGGUGAAAGUUUUAACAAUGAUCAUGAACUACUAUCUAACUUCGAUGCCUCCUAAUACAAAGGUAUCCUAUUACUCAUCAUUACUACUAUGUGCUGAAGUGGCCUUCUAGCAUCAAAUGUGUAUUGGUUUCAUGGUUAGGCAUCAGACAGGAGGUUAAAGAGAUGAGACAUUUUCCAUGGUACCUGGAGUUCUGUAUCCUAAACUCUAUUUCCCUAUUGGUGAAUAGGAUCAAACCCACCAAGGUUGACUUUGACUUUAUUUGGAUCCACAGUUUAUUUCUUGCUUCUCGGAUUCGUCCAUUUUUUUUCAUAAAAAGAAAGUCGUGAGAAAAGUAAUGUAGGUUUUGCUAUCACAAACCUGUAAAUAUUGCCACAUUAUUUCAGUCUAAAGACAUUGCCUUUUAUUCAGAACAUUAGUAAUGAAUCAACAUAAACAAUCCAUUGCAUUCAAGGUGCCAUUAAACUCCUCAAGCUGUUGUUUUUGUGUUUUUUAAGCAGUAUAUCUUCACUCCAAACCUUUGAAAAAAAAAAUAAAAAUUUUUUUCCGACCUGUUGAGCAGGUUUUUUUUCGGAAAAAUCUGAGAAGCAAGAAACAAAUUUGGUGUGGCUUUAACUUGACAUUUCUGAUCUUUGUCACAAAGCAGCGAGGGCAUCCUUUCGAGAGCGUUGAUUUGCCAUUUUCAAUAUUUAUAAUUCAUAACACAGAUAACACUGUACAAUCAAACCUGUCUAUAGCGCCCAUGUGGUCGCUUGCAAAGGUGGCCGCUAAUACAGGUUUGACUGUAACGUUAUACCAUAAACUCCUACUAUUGUUUAUUGUCGGAUAAGGGCGUAACAUAAUUUAUAACACUGUACAUUUAUACCAUAAACUCCUACUGUUGUUUGAUGUCAGAUGGGGGCGCAACAUAAAUUAUAACACUGUACAUGUAUACCAUAAACUUAUACUAUUGUUUAAUGUCGGGAGGGGGGUAUCAUUAUUUAUAACACUGUAUAGUAUGGUCACGUACGGUCUCUGUACUUUAUAUAGCCUUGCCCGUAUUAUGUAAUUUUAUUACCUGCUUGAAAAAAAGCAGGUACUGUUUUUGUCACCGGCAAGUAUCAAACCUACGUCCGGGUUAAGUGUUUUCAGAACGUCGACCGUGUUAACAAGGUGGCCAAUGAGGAAUUGUUUACAUUAAAAUAUGUCCCAGUUAAAG